AUGUUGCGUCCAUCAGCGUCUCGUCAAGAUUCUCGCAAAAAGUCCUUCAAGAAGUCCGCCGACGCGGAGGAGAGUCGACGGAAACGAGAGGACCAGAUGAUCGCCAUACGGAAAGAGAAGCGAGAGGAAGCGAUGGCGAAGAAACGAAUCAACGUCGGGGGCGCUUCUGGAGGCGCGGAGAUUAACCCGAACGUGUUUAACGACGCGAGUGAUUCGACGGCCAUGACGCACGAGCAAAGGACGAACGCAAAGUUGGAAUCUCUUCCGCAAAUGGUGGACGGAGUGAACAGUCCGGACCCCGCGGUGCAACUGGACGCGACGACUCGAUUUCGUAAAUUACUCUCCAUCGAGCGCAACCCGCCGAUUAAGGAGGUCGUGGCGACUGGCGUGGUUGGGAAGUUUGUGGAGUUUUUACAGAGAGUUGAUUUCCCGCAGUUGCAGUUUGAAGCCGCGUGGGCGUUGACGAACGUGGCGAGCGGGACGUCGGAGGAUACGGCGACGGUGAUAAAUUCUGGCGCGGUGCCCAUCUUUGUGCAGUUGUUGUCUUCGCCGAGCGAAGACGUGAGAGAGCAAGCGGUGUGGGCGUUGGGGAACAUCGCCGGGGAUAGUACCAAAUGCAGAGACUUGGUGUUGUCACACGGCGCUUUGCACCCGUUGUUGUCGCAUUUGAACGAACACUCGAAAUUGACCAUGUUGAGAAACGCGACGUGGACUUUGAGUAACUUUUGCCGAGGGAAGCCGCAGCCGCAAUUUGAGUUGCUGAAGGACGCGUUGCCGGCGUUGGCGAAGUUGGUUCACUCAACCGACGAGGAAAUCUUAACCGACGCGUGCUGGGCGUUGAGUUAUCUGAGCGAUGGAGUGAACGAUAAGAUUCAAGCGGUGAUUGAAGCUGGCGUGUGCAGAAGGCUAGUGGAGUUGUUGUCCUCGCAGUCCGGCGCGGUUUUGAUUCCGGCGUUGAGAACGGUUGGGAAUAUCGUCACCGGGGACGAUUACCAAACGCAAAUAAUCAUCAAUUGCAGAGCGUUGCCGUGCUUGUUGGAUUUGUUGACUGGAGAACACAAGAAAUCCAUCAAGAAAGAGGCGUGUUGGACGGUGUCGAACAUCACCGCCGGAAACAAAGAUCAAAUUCAAGCCGUCAUCGACGACAAAUUGAUCCCGCCUCUGAUUUAUUUACUCGGCCAUGCCGAAUUCGACAUCAAAAAGGAAGCCGCCUGGGCUAUUUCGAAUGCUACCAGCGGAGGGACGCACCAACAGACUCGCCUGUUAGUCAACGAAGGGUGCAUCAAACCGUUGUGCGAUUUGAUUUCGUGCUCGGACGCGAGAAUCGUCACCGUCGCGUUGGAAGGUUUGGAAAACAUUUUGAAAGUUGGCGAGGUAACGAAGGAAGAGGAAGGGAGCAACUUAUUCGCGGCGUUGAUUGACGAAGCGGAUGGGUUGGAGAAGAUCGAAGCGUUACAAAACCACACGAACAACGACAUUUACGAAAAAGCAAUGCGAAUUCUCGAACAGUACUUUGGCUUGGAGGACGAAGAGGAUCAAAACUUAGCGCCGGGGAUGGACGCGAGCGGUUCGCAGUUUACGUUUGGUCCUCCUGCCGGUGGUGGCGCCGCGCUGCAAGGUGGAUUCAACUUCUAA